UGCAAGCGCAAUUUUUUGUAAACAAAAGGUUUUGCGUGUUUUAUUUUGAUUUGCGAAGAUUUAGUUUCCUUUUUACUCUAAAAUAUAUUUAUUAUCGCCGUGAUUAAUCAACCAAUCAAUCCUCUUAUAAUAGUUAAAAAUAACAAUUCAAUAAUGUAGGUACAUAUUGUAAACAAGAAAACAAACAGACAUUCCAAGUCUCACAUUAAAACAAUCACUAAUGAAGUCGAAAAAUAGCUUGUACUUGUAUCUGCACUGCAUGCACCGAAGCCCUGGCGCCUUUCAUUCAUAUUUCGUUGACCGGUUUCAAAUUUCAAAGUCCAAUAUAUCGCGUCGUUCAAUCAAGGUGAUAAUGUUGUUAGGACCGCUCUAAUCAUUAAUGCUCUAUCCUUCGAGUUGUUAGGUAAGCGAGAGUAAAUUUCGCAGUGCAAAAUAUCGGUAAAAAAAAAAAAAAAAACAAUGGCCUUGAGACGAGCAGUACUACAGAUAAUCAAGAAACAUGGUGUUGCCUCAUCAGUGGCUGUGAGGCACAGGAGCACAAAUACAGAGAGAAAUAUCUUGAAAUCCAUAUAUAGUGAUAUUCCAAUGACAAAUGAAACCUUGUGUGAUUAUCUAUGGGAAAAUUUGGACAGAUGGCCAGACAAAACUGCAACGGUAUGUGGACUGACAGGUCGUGGAUACACUUUCGCCCAAACUCACAGAAUGUCGGUGUCCUUUGCGGCAUCACUGCGAUCCAAAUUAAAACUAAAAGACGGGGAUACAGUAGCUGUGAUUCUCCCGAAUGUGCCCGAGUAUCCUUGUGUGGUGGUCGGCAUUUUGCAGGCUGGAUGUGUCGUUAGCCCUAUGAACCCGCUCUACACUACAGAGGAGCUAAAGCAUCAGCUGAAACUGAUAGACUGCAAAGCCGUAGUCACAUCAAAACUUACACAUGCGAACGUAGUCGAGAGUUUAAAAGAAAACAACAUGAAUAUACCCGUGAUACUCAUAGAUAAUGAAGGAUUACCAGAAGGCACCAUAAAGUUCGCAGAGUUCGCUGAAGACCUGACCGUAGACAUUGAUUGUUUGAAGUCGGUUAAAAGAACUGCCGAUGAUGUAGCAUGUAUUCCAUUCUCGAGUGGUACCUCUGGGUUUCCUAAAGGAGUAGAGUUGACGCAUAAAAGUUUGGUCGCGGCUAACAAGUCCAUAGCGUUGCCUGAAAUUGUUGUGGUAUUGGAGACUACAGCGACCCAACAGUCCGCCUUCACGGCUGUGAUUCCAUUUUUCCACAUAUUCGGCUUCUGCAUUCAGAUGAUCAACCAACUGGCCUUGGGCUGCAAACUGGUUACGUUACCAUACUUCAAGCCGGACAUAUACGUGAAAACUAUUGCUACGUACAAAACUGACGCUCUGUUCAUUGUACCGCCUAUAGCUGUGUUCCUGGGCAAACAUCCGAUGGUGACGUCAGAGCAUUUGUCUCACGUGCGCGCUAUCAUCGCCGGCGCUGCGCCCCUCGCCAAGGAAGACGCCGAGGCGGUCGUCAGUAAGAAUAAAAACAUCAUCUUCCGCCAAGGUUACGGCCUGACAGAGACUUGUGGCUCAAUCUCUGUAGCCGAUAAUAAGGACAGCAACUAUGCAUCCGUCGGCUUCGUUUUUUCCAACAGCGAAGUUAAAAUUGCUGACGUUAAUACGAAAAAAGCAUUAGGCCCAGGAGAGGAAGGUGAAAUUUGGUUCCGCGGUCCGAGCUUAAUGAAAGGGUACUAUAAAAACGAAAAAGCGACCAAGGAGGAUAUCACUCAAGAUGGCUGGUAUAAAACAGGGGAUAUUGGGAAAUAUGAUAAGAAGAACUAUUUGUAUGUCACCGAUAGGAUGAAGGAGCUUAUUAAGGUGAAAGGUUACCAAGUAGCGCCUGCAGAACUAGAAACAUUAAUUCGACUUCACCCGAAAAUCGCCGACUGCGCAGUUCUAGGCGUUCCCGACCAAAUAUCAGGUGAAGUGCCCAAGGCUUUCAUUGUACCGUUCCCGGGGCAAGAAGUCAAAGCGGAAGAGGUGAUGGAAUUCGUCAACGGCAAAGUUACAUCCUUUAAGAAAAUAAAACAUGCUCAAAUAGUGAACGAAAUACCUAAAACGGCUGCCGGUAAAGUUUUAAAGAGAGUAUUGAAGGAAAAGUAUGUUUAGGACUUUCGCGAUAUGGAUUUGUGGUUGUCUAUUGUUGAAUAGUUUUUAAGACUUGUUGUAGUAUAAGGAAUCUAUCAUAGUUUAAGAUAAAUAUUUUUACAUGACAUAUUUAUACUCAUUCGAAGUGUUAGUUUUUGAUAUGUUUUAUUUGAUAUUAAAUUAAUUUAAAUCUACCAGAAAAUAAUUAUGCUUGGCAAAACGUAUUGCAUUUUAUAUAAUAUACUUACUUAAUAUUAAUACUGCGUAAUAUUAAAUAGUGAUGAAGUGAGAUAUUGUAUAUAUAAAAUAUAUUUUUGUAAUUUUUUUUCUUCUGUUGUAAGCUUCAAAUUUUUGAACUCGUAAAAUAUUCGAACAUACUCUUUAUAUCCAUAUAUCGUGCCUUCCUCUUGUAAUGUAACUAUUGAGACUGUCUAUAUAGUUUUUUCAUACAAAAUAUUGCUAGGCUUGUUUCACCACUUUUUCACAAUAUAUUAUAAUAUUAUACACAGUGUAAGAAAUAUAAUAGUAAAUCAGUGUCUCUCACGGUGAUUAUUUCACGAAAUGGUCAAUGAAAACUACUAUACAUUUGUCUCUUUAUAUCGUCUAUCGUAUAGUCGUAUUCCUCAUGGCUGAGGGUCGUGGUCGUUACGUGAAAUGAAACACACACAACAACUUUCUUGGCAUUAUUAAUGGAGUGGUUCGCCAUAGCCUUCUCCAUUUCACACACAAGUUAAUAAUAAUCAACCAGUGUGCAGGUUUCCUCACGAUGUUUUCCUUCACCGGAAGCAAGUGGUGGACGAUGUAAAUGAAAUACAUGAGUCAGAUUAUAAUAGUAAUCUGACAGCUAAAAUUAACUGAUAAAUCUGCCUGAUGUGAUUUGCCACUUCACAAUUUUUAAAGUAAUAUUAGAGUUCGAUAACUUAACUAUCAGAUAAUUUAUCAGCAAGUGAUGAAACAGGGCCUUAUUUAAUAUUACGUUAUGUUGUACAUAAAUUGUAUUCGAAUACAUUUUAUUAUCAUUAGAAAAGUAUUUUUAAAAUUUUUAUAACGCAUUUUUUUCGUAAUAAACAUUUUGUGUACAAGUACUGAUUGAUAUUUAUGAAACGCUAGUUUUUGCUCGCAGCUUCGCCUACGGCAUAAUUACUAUUAGUUGCGUUGUCAUACAACUUUUAACCCCCCUAUGUUUGAACUGUUAGAAAAGUAAUCGAUGAAAUAAAACAUCAGCCGAGAUUGCACAAGAUUAUUAUAUUUUGUUGAGAGUGAAAAACGUAUUUAGUAUUCAGCCUAGAUGGAAGGAGCGAGAAGUCAGAAUGUCAUUUUUUAUUUUUAUUUUAGAUUGCGACCAUAUAGUGACACAUGAACUCGGGCCUAAGUAUGUAAACUGGAAACUGGAAGUGUAACAGACACGUUAGUAUGGGUUACUAAUAUAAUCUUUUACUAAUUGUUAUUAACUAAUAAUUUAUGACUUUAUUGUGUUAUCUGUCGUGCUGCAUUUUUUAAAACAAUAUACCUAGUAAAACUAAAAAUGCAAACUACAUUUUUAUACCAGCCAUUUAAUGAUGUUUUCCUUGGUAUGUGUUAAUCCAAAUAUGAUAAAAAUUGGUCCAGCCAUUUGAGCGUGAAGAAGAACAAAGUUACUCACAAACUGACUUUAUAAUAUUAGUGGGAUUAUGAACUGUCUUAAUUCAGCUAGAAAUUGCCCUAUCCCAUAGCGAAGUUUGUUUUUGCCAAGUACACUUAAUUAGAUCGAGUACCUGUCGACUAUGACAAAUAAUUAUGAUCUACUUGUGUUUUGCGGUUAAAGAUUAUUUAUAAGGUAACUUGUGAACCGUUAAACCUAACAAUUUUAUUUAGUUGUAUGUUUUUAUUGGUGAAAUAAAAGUUUUGUUUUUUUUUUCACAUCCAGUCCGUAUUGUUUUUAUAUUGCUUUGAAUUUGCAAUGUAAAUUAUAUAUAAAAAAUUUUGAUAAAAAUUGGAAAUGUAAAAAAAGCAUGUGUUUUGUUAUAUUUUUAUUGUGCAAUAAUUUAUGUGUAGGUACCUACAUUAUUUUCUUAAUAUUGUUAUUGUUAAAUCGAAUGAAUAUACUUAAAUCAAUACUUCACAAA